AUGAGGACCCUCGCUCUGCUUGCUGCCAUUCUCCUGGUGACCCUGCAGGCCCAGGCUGAGCUCCACUCAGGGAUGGCUGAUGACCUUGUGGACAAGCAACAGCCCAGGGCACAGGAUCUGGACGUGGCCAUCUACAUUAAACAGGAUGAAACCUCCGCCCUUGAAGUUUUGGGUGCAAAGGCAGGCCUGACCUGUACUUGUAGACGAUUCGGUUGUGGGUCUGGCGAACGCAACUCUGGAUCCUGCACAAUCCGUGGAGUCCGCCACACACUCUGCUGCCGCUGA